AUUUUAAUGGAAGCAAUUACACAACUCAAAAAAUUUAUGUAUAUAUCAUUUGGUAAUAUAAUAUAAGUGGACAUCAUUUUAAUGUAAAGAACUUUCACAAAUAUAUGAUUAACAAUGACAUUUCAGACAUUGAAACUUUAAUAAAAUAUUGUCAUAUGGAGAAUACUGGAUAGAGAUUUAAUUUAUGGAGAUUGUUUUUUAAGUAUUUUUAAGUUUAAGCAUAGUAUUUAUUCAAUAGAAGACACUGUCUUUGAUAAGAUAGAUAAAUUAACAAAGACAAGAGAAACAUAUAAAUAAUUAGAGUAAAAGUAUUCGAGAUCUUAAGAAGCGUCAUCAACAAUUAAAAUUGAAGAUUAGCCAAAAAAAGGUCCUUUGGGAGGUCCUUUAGGUGGCCCCUUGGGAGGACCAUUAGGAGGAGGAUCUAAAAUUAAGACAUCAACAUAAAACCCUAUGGAAGACGCUGAAUUAAGAAAUGAAAUAAAAAAGGAUGUCGAAAGAACAUAUUAAGAGAAUUAAUUUUUUACAAAUAGGAAGGUGUUGCAAAUAUUAACUAGUGUUUUAUUUAUUUGGAGCAGAGAGAAUAGUGAAAUUUCAUAUAGAUAAGGAAUGAAUGAAGUUGCAGCAUCUUUGAUUUAUGUUUAUUUUAGAGAAGCCCUAUAUUCAGAUGAGAUUGAUAAAAUACAAGGAGUAUAAAUUUAUAUAUUAUAAAGGCUUAAGAGGAAGAUAAGAAAAUCUUAUUACAAUUUAAUUCAUGGGAAUAUGCUGAAGCUGAUAUCUACACUCUUUUCUAAAAGUUGAUGAAUGAUGCAUAACAUAUGGAAAUGUUUAGACCAAAUUAUACUGAAGCUUAAAAAAUUAAAUUGUAAAGUAAAAAACCAAGUGCUAUUUUAACAAGAGUUUCUAAAAUUCAAGACAUCUUUUUAAAAUAAGUGGAAAUGCCUUUAUUUAGGCAUCUUAAAUUGUUACAAGUAGAAUUCCAAAUAUUUCUAUUAAAAUGGAUUAGGUAUUAUAAAUUAUAAUUUCUAUAGAUGUAUGUUUACAAGGGAAUUGCAUUUAAUAGAAUCAUUUUAUGCAUGGGAUGCAAUUUUUUAUGAUUUUUAUGAGUAAAAAACAGAAACUCUAUUCUUUGUUGAUUGUAUAGCUAUUGCAAUGAUAAUUUAUGUGAAAUAACCUUGUAAUUAUUAUUAAUUUAAAUAGUAAUGGAAAUGGAAGAUUCGAGUCAAUGUUAUCAAAGAUUUCUCAAAUAUCCUCCAAUUUCUAAUUUGCCAGCUCUAAUUGAAGCUGCCAUCAAUGUGAGAGCCAUUUUACUGAAUUAAAAAUCUGCAACUAAUUUAGAUGACUAAAAUGAAUCAAAUUAACCAGCAAUAUAUUCAGAUAAACAGUUUAAUCCUGUUUUUUUUGCAUAACCUACAGAUAAAGUUGAAGGAGUGGAUGUUAAUGUUGUAAAGAUUGCUUCUGAAAAACCUUAAUUUAAAAUGAAAGGAGAUGUAGAUUUGGUUUACAAGGAUGAUACUUCUCCUCAAAAAUCAAAUUCAAAUUAAUAAUAAUUCAUUAAUCCAUUAUAGCCUACUAAAAUACCUCAAUAAUAAAAACCCUAGCAACAAUCAUAAUCAACAUAACCCUAACAAUCAAUAUAAUAGUCACAAACAAAUGUUUAAAAUAGUAAUUAAUCUUCAAUCACUACAAAUUUCUUUGAUUCCAGUUUAUCUAGUAUUAAUACGAAGACUAUUAAAUCAUAGUUUUAAGUAGAAGAACAAUAAUAAUAACUCAAAAAGGAUAAAACUUAAACUACAGUUAAAAAUUCGAUAUCGAUUUCUAUUUAAUAGGCAGAAGAAAUGUUCAACACUUUAGAAGAGACUCUAAAAUUCAUGAAACAAUUUAAAGAUAAGUACUAUAAGAUUAAUAUUCUAGCUCUAAUUAUCAAGAUUUAUUAAUGAAUUUGACCGAAAUGAAAGACUUUUUUGAAACUUCCUUAAAGUAAUAUUUUUAUUCAUAUUUUAGUGAGAAUUCCACAAAUACAAAACAAUAAUAAUAACCAAAUUAAUAAGAAGAUAGUGGUAUAUCUAGCAAAGUAGUUGGAUUCCUUAAGAAAAAAUGGUGA